AUGAGUUAAGGCGAAGAAACUUUCAAAAGCUUAUCUGCCGCAUUGGAAGGCUUGAAAAACAGUCAAUCUCUAGCAUACUUUUAGUAAUAGAAUGCUGAUCCUUACAAUUAAAUGCAUAAAUAAAAAAAUACCUACAACAGCAAUUAUCUUACACAAGAUGAGUAGAAUCUUCAUUAUCUUGAGGAUUCUCCUGAGCCAGAGCAUUUUGAAUUCUAGAAUGUGAACGACCCUCAUGAAUAACUUAACUAGAUGUAUCAAAGUAGAUAAAUCUAUAAGUAGCAAUAAUAGGGUGCAGGAUUUUAGAGUUCUUAAAAGCCUUACUAUAAAAAUAACUAUGAAGGUACCCAAGGUAGUCAUAGAUAGUAUAAUAAUCCAUAAUCUUAUAACUAAGCUGCUUAAAGUCACACUAAUGGUUAUCAAGGUUAAAGAGUAUCUAAUUACAACAGAUAUCAAGGCUAGCAAACUGGCUAUUAAGGAUAAAACUAUAUUCCUAAUGAAAGAAACUUUUCACAAGGAGCAAAAUAUCAAGGUUAAAAACCUCCAGGCGCUUUUAAUGCUCAUCAUUAGAACCAAUUUAACAACCAAAAUUCGCAAUAGCAAGGAUAACAAUAUCAUGGUCAUUCAAAUACAUUCCCCUAAGGAGAAAAGUCAGCAGGUGGUAUUCAUAUUGAAGGUACAAAGAUAUUUAUAAAUAAUAUUGAACCCACUGUGAGCUAAGAAGAAAUUCACCACUAUUUUGAUCCUUAUGGAAAGAUCAAUGAUUUAAAAGUAUUCCACAGAAAUGGGUAAAACUAUGCUUAUGUUAUUUUUGAGAAGUACGAAGACGCUUUCAGAGCAACUAAUGAUGUUUCUCCCUAACCUAAUUGGACAGUAUCAUUAGCUAAGUCAAAGAACACAGUUAUGCAGUAUCAAAGAUCAACACUUUUCGAAUAAGAUGGUUAAAAUCCUAAUCCUCCAUAUACAGGCACAAGCAAAUAUAAUAAUCCUGCAGGAAAUCCACCUCAUUUCAAAAAGCCAUUUAAUAAAUAUUAAUAAAAUCCUAACAUACAAAACCAACAUCCAAAUCCAAGAUAUGAAAAAUCUGCAGGCACCAACUUUAGCCAAAACUAGUAUGAAUCAUCUAAUGGGGAAAAAAUUCUUUAAAAUAUCAGUAAUUUCAAUGAUAAUAAUGCAAAUGGUCAUAAUAACUUAGGAGAAGUUCUUUCCAACCAUAAAACUUAAAUUAACUAAACUAUCUUAGUUAGAGAAAUCUGGGUGAGCAACAUAGAUGAAAAGUGCAAGCCUUAUAUUAGAGAAAUUAUUGAAGACUUCUUUGGAGGUAUAGAAGAGGUAGAGUUCUUUGAUAGAGGCAAAGACUCUUUUGCAUUUAUAAAAUUUUUUAUGGUUUAAACUGCUUAUUUAGCUUUUACAAAUAAGGAAAAAAUUGCAGAACUUCUUGAGACAGAUUAAGUAAAAUUAACAUACUCUGAUCCUUCUAGAAGAAAAAAUAUCAUUGGUGAUCACGAAGAUUAUAUGAGAGAUGAAAAUUUAUCUCCUGUUUUGUAUAUCAGUUUCCCUUAUGGUUUCAAAGUGAAAAAAAGUGUCAUCUAAAAAAUUGCCAGUGACUACGGAACAGUAUUAAACGUUACUUUGAAGAGAAGUGAAGAUCCUAAAUAAACUUCCAGUGUUUUAGUAGAAUUCUAGGAUUUAAAAGAUGCUAAAUUUGCUUUCAAACAUAUGAGAGAAGAUCAUGAUAAGAUGCAUCCUAAAUGUGAAUUUGCAAUUUUGCUCAAUUCUGAAAAGUUUGUUAAAGAAAACAAUUUAAAACUCAAAGAAAAAAUCAAACCUACUGUAUUACCUGGGUAAGCACCAACAACUACUUUCAUUUAGUAAAAGCCUUUAGCUAGAAAACCUAUUAAUAUAAAUGAAAACGCUAAUAAUGCUUUAUCAGAUAUAGCUGGUAUUCGAAUUUAAAAGUAACUUUAGUCCAAAGGAAGAUAGUUUUCUCCUGAAAAAGAUGCUGAAAUAAAUUAAAAACGUACUUAUAAUUAAUUCAAGCAAAGUUCUUUAAAUACAAGCUAGGAUUAAGGUUAUAAUCCGGAUGAGUAAGAUGCAGAAUUACUUGUAGAAGACGACGAUGAUGAAAAUUUCAUUUGGUCUGGUUUCAUUUCAAUUAAUAAAAAGGGUAGAUGUGGUAUGGAUGCAAAAGUAAUCUAAAGCCAAGGCUAAUUAGAUCUUGAUACUUAUAAUCUCGUGAUGACUACUAAAUGUUAGCUUUCUGAGCCCUUGAGAUAUCCCCCUUAUUCAGUACUUAUAUUUAGACCUUCAAACGAAACAGAAAAGAAACCUUUCAAAGAUGUUAAAACAUUUUUGAAUAGCAACCCUAAUUAAGCUGGUGUAAUUCACACUAAAAAUCUUAUAAUUUAUAUGUUCCCAUCUAAUGAGUAAGCCUUAAAAUUCUACCCUCAACUCAAAGAAGGAAAUAUUUUAGCUCUAUGUCACAACCAAGACUCUAUCAGAGGGAAUUUAUCAAAGAAAGAAGGAAAGUAUGAUGAAAAAUUGUAAGCAAGAUAAAAAGCUGCUUUGAAUGAUUCACAUGAGGAUGACGAAGAAGAUAAUAUGAUUUAUGAUCCUACAUCUAUCUUACAAGAUACAUCAAAAUAUAAUGGUAAAAAAGGUUAAUAACAACACAGAUAUGAACAUGAUGAAGACAACUAAUACUAAGAAGAAAAUAUUUAUGAUCCAAACAAAAUAAAUAUGUAAAAAGAUGAUCCAAAAACUGAUAUUUCUGACUUAAUAGAUAAUCCCUCACUUAUGGAUAGCAUGUUGAAGAGUUUGUAUUGA